UUGGUAGAGGAAAUGAUGAAAAGACCGAAGUAAAGUUCGGCCGGGCGGCAGGUGGCAGCUCUUUGCUUCCGCUCCCGUCCCAACUCCCAUAGAGUCACAGACUGCUGCUCGCCGCCGCGCCGGGCUUCCUUCCACGGACCCAAUCACGAAUGCAGUACGCAGGGAUUUUUCUCCCGUAGUCCUGGGGCCUCUCCUCCGCUCUGCUCGGCUGGCGACGAACGGGAAUCCGUCGUGGGCUCGGGGCACAGGUUGAUCAGAGUUUUCGUUAGUUGCAAAACCCCGACUUUCUUGGGCUGUUCUGUUCGGAGGGUUUUCUUCCGGCCUCAUAUUUUUUCCCGUUAAACCAUGGCAAUAAUAGACUAUGUUGACCUGUCCGAUGAUGAGAUUAUUGUGGAAGAACCUGGUGCUCAUGGACAUGCUCAUGGAGCUGGUGUGCAAGUAGAAUUAAUUGACUUGGCCACUGAAGAAGAUGGUGUGGAAGAUCAAAAUAUUCAUGGCAAAGAUGAUGCUGUUCGGUGGACAACACUACACAGACCAAAUUUUGUUGCAGCUCAUGGUCAAGGUAAUACAGCUCGCCACAGAUUAACAUUGUGUAAACAGCGAUCCAUUGCAGUAGGUGAUGAUGCAGAAGAGGCUAUGCAAUCUGGAAAGCAGAAACACUCUGCAGUAAAUGAUGGCAUUGGAGAUCCUACAAAUUCUGCAGACCAGGAGAUUGUUGCAGCAGGUGAUUGCACUGAAGAGGUUAUACUGUCUGUAGAUCAGGACUUUGCUGCAGAAGCUGCUGACACAGAAGAGACAAUGAAGUCUGGAACUCGGAAGUUUGUUUCAGAAGGUUAUAACUCAGGAGAUGUCAUGCAGUCUGGAAAUGCUGCUCAAGCUACCACAUCCUCAUCAAUGACAGAGCAAGGUGCCAUCACAUGCUCAUCAAUGACAGGACAUGCUGCUACGACAUCCUCAUCAAGGAGUGAACAAUGGAGUGGGGAGACAGCUGCAUUUCUAUGUUCCCAGCCCAUGUCGAAUGUAUCGCCAUUUCCCCGGCAGUUCUGGAAAGCUGGAGAGUACAGUGUUGCUGCUCAACCCACCAUCAACAGUGCUCAGAACCACUUAAGGAUCCACCCCAAGUUUCUUCAUUCAAAUGCUACUUCGCACAAGUGGGCAUUUGGUGCUGUAGCAGAACUGCUCGACAAUGCUGUUGAUGAGGUCAACAACGGAGCAACCUUUGUGAAGAUAGAUAAGAUAAAAUGUUCUCCUAUUGGCGAAUAUUCAUUGGUAAUACAAGAUGAUGGAGGUGGUAUGAAUCCAGAGUCUCUUCGACGUUGUAUGAGCUUCGGGUUCUCAACAAAAAGUGGGGAUUCAUUCAUUGGACAAUAUGGAAAUGGUUUCAAAACCAGCACAAUGAGGCUUGGAACAGAUGUUAUUGUAUUCAGCUGCACAGAAGAUAAUAGUAGAUUGACACGAAGUAUUGGACUACUCUCUUAUACAUUCCUUACAAGAACUGGCUGCGAUGACAUAUUUGUACCAGUGGUGGACUAUGAAUUUGAUGCAUCAUCUCAUACUUUCAAGACAAGAAUGGACCAUGGUGAGAAACAAUUUUUUUCCAACUUGUCCACUCUUUUGAGGUGGUCUCCAUUUACUUCAGAAGAUGAUUUAUUGAAUCAAUUUGAGGACAUGGGAUGCCAUGGCACCAAAAUAAUUGUAUUCAACUUGUGGUUCAACGAUGCUUGGGAAAUGGAGCUUGACUUUACAUCUGAUGAAGAGGAUAUAAUGAUAUCAGGAGCACCUGCCAUCCCAGAUAGACUGAAGACAAUACGAAGGUUGAAUCAUAUGCAUGUUGCAAAUCGCUUUCGAUAUUCACUUCGUGUUUAUGCAUCUAUACUAUAUCUUCAGCUACCAAAACACUUCAAAAUCAUCCUGUGUGGACGAGUUGUUGAGCCCCAUCAUGUUGUCAAUGAUCUCAUAUACCGUGAAUGCAUCAAAUAUCGACCACAAGUUGGAAUAAACAUAGAGAUUGACAUCAUUACUACAAUUGGCUACUUAAGAGGUGCUCCAAAACUGGAUAUACACGGAUUUAAUGUCUACCACAAGAACCGUCUUAUACUGCCCUUUUGGUCUGUUUACUCUGAUAGAAGUCGCAGCAAAGGCAUUGCUGGGGUCUUGGAGGCGAAUUUCAUAAGACCUACACAUGAUAAACAAGAUUUCGAGAAGACAGGACUUUUCCAUAGACUUGAGACACGGUUGAAAGACAUGACACUGGAGUAUUGGAGGUAUCAUGCUCAUUUGGUUGGAUAUGCUCGAGUCACACAAGCACUUCCUCCAGCACAUUAUACAUCAACUGUUGCUCUCAGGGAUGGUAGUUUAGUGGCUCAAGCUUCCACAAAGACUUAUGAUGGCAAUUCAAGAGCUAGAGAAUCUGUAUUGCAUGACCAUUGUUCCAAUGGAGAACCAUCCAAAAGAACUUCCAGCUCAACGAUUCAUUGGAGGGCUCAAAAAAGGCAGAACGCCAACGAUUAUGCUAAUCAACCUGCAGACAUCAAUGCUGUUCAGAUAAAAGAUGAAAGGAUCAGACAUUUAAUCUCUGUGAAGAAGGUGCUAAAGGCUGAGUGCUCCAAAUUUGAGGCAGCAGAGCAGCAGCUCCUAUGCAAGGCCGAGUCCUUAAGAAAUGAGCUCCUUAAGUGGCAGCGGUUAUUCAGGGACCUGACUGACCAGUUGAAAUUCUACGAUGGACAAUGCCCAUUGCAGCGCAAUCUUCACUGCAACCACUCCAGCUUCCUGGGGUAUCGAGUUUCUGAAGGUGGACGUCUAACAAGACCAUAAUGUCGGUUCUGCCGUAGCCUCCAUAGAUUUUUGGCCGUGUGUAUAUUCACAGGGCCAUGGUGAACACCAAGGUAUAUUAUCGCAUACUUUUGUAGUAGGUUCAGCUGAGCGAGCUCAGCAAGAAGACGACCUUAAUUCAGUUAUCACUGAUAAUGAAAAAAAAAGGAAAGAAACUAAACAAAACCUCUUAACGACCUUAAUUUAGCUCAGAACAAGAACUUUGUUUUUCUUUUUUUUAAUGUUGUAACUUCUUAAUUUUUAUUUUUUAAAGUAAACCCUCCUAAAAUUUAUUUUCAAAAUCUGCACCGUUUGGUGACACCAUUCCACACGUGUCAAUAUAACACUACCCUGAUCUGUUGGCGUGACUGUUUUUGAUCACGCGAGUCUGCUAGUCCCAUGCUGUUAGCGUGAUAAGACAAUGUUGUAUUAUUGUGGCAAAACAAUGGGCAAGAAAUACAAUAAUUCAAGGAUUUUGGACCGAGAAUCCGAGAUAU